AGCAAACGGCGGCACCGACGCAAGACGCACCGAGAGGGCGAGGGCAGCGCGCAGGUUGAUGUUGGAGGCGGCGGCGGCGGCGGCUUCACGAGUUCCUUCGCGGCCAGCCAGAGCGGAGCUUCGCCUCCCCCUCCCUCCCCGUCACGCCGUCCUGCUGGCUGGAAGCUCCGGCGCACUAGAACUCCCUGCCGGACUUCGCGCUCGCUGUCAGGGGAGGCGCGGGGGUGCCGGCGGGCGCGCUCGGAGCUUCCCUUGGGGGGCUGACCAAGCGAGCGUGCGUACGGGAGAGCCGCUUCUGAGGAAGGAAUGAGCGGCGCCUGGCGCUGAGAUCGCCGCGGGGACCUCUCGGGCAGCUGCGGGGAGAUGAAGUAUGGAAUUAUUUUGGAUCACUUACGAUGCAUUUUGGACUCAUGAAAGGAACUACUUUGAAUUGGAACCAAUGCCAAGGAGUCAAGCAUACUUGAUAUGAUGAUAAAUGAUUGAAGGGGAAAAGCCUGUCUUCUGGACUUCUGAAAGAACAUGGAUAUUUUUCUUCUAAAGCCAAGAUUUCUGUAAUCCGUAUAGAUCAUCUUCAGAAAUGUAUGUGUAUAUUACAACAGAGAUGGAUCAAAUUGGAAUUCUGAAUUAUUGACAAGUAUCUUCUGGAAGAAUCCUGCUUGGAAUAAUGCACUUGUUUUUUGCAUCAGUUUUUUUAGAAGGUUAUAGACUUAUUUAUGAACUUUUAAUUUUUGUUCAUUUAUAACAGACUGAUCUUAAAGUGAAUAAAAAGUGAGCCUUUGUGGAUACUUGUAUUGAACAUGACUCAUGGAGAAGAGCUUGUCUCUGAGAUGCACCAGGAUUCCGUUGUUCUAACUUACCUAGAGGGAUUACUAAUGCAUCAAGCCGCAGGAGGUUCGAGUUCUGUGGUUGACAAAAGGCCUGUCGGGCCAGGUGUAGAGGAUCAAAACUUAAAGGCUUCUGGAAACACAUCUCCAAGUUGUCAGAGAGAUGAUCCAGUACCUAAUACUCAUACAUACCGUGGUUCUGGAAUGCUGCAUCACAAAAAGGCAAGGCUAUUACAGUCUUCUGAAGACUGGAAUGCGGCAAAAAGAAGACGGCUGUCUGAUUCGAUUGUGGAUUUAAAUGGGAAAAAAGAAGCCUUGUUAACUGGCAUGAUUGAAAAUGAACCUAAAGGCAAACAGGAUAGCACAUUACUGGCCUCUUUGCUUCAGUCCUUCAGCUCAAGGCUACAGAGUGUUGCUUUGUCACAGCAGAUUAGGCAGAGCCUCAAGGAGCAAGGGUAUUCCCUCAGCCAUGAUUCUCUACAAGUGGAGAAAGACUUAAGGUGCUAUGGUGCUGCAUCCACUCAUUUGAAAACUCUCUUGAAGAAGAACAAAGGAAAAGAUGAAAAACUAGAGACUAGUCUGCCUGAACUAAGAACAAUUUUGCCAAAAGACCGGUUUAUAGAGUCGUCACAUACAGGACAGAGUGGUCCAAAGGUGAUAAAUGAGCCUCUGUCUUGUGCCGCACGAUUACAAGCUGUUGCAAGCAUGGUGGAAAAAAGAUCUAGUCCUGCUACAUCUCCCAAACCCAGUGUAGCUUGUAGUCAACUAGCUUUGCUCCUUUCAAGUGAAGCUCACUUGCAGCAGUAUUCCAGGGAACAUGCUCUAAAAGCACAAAAUGCAAAUCAAAUUGCAAGUGAGAGGCUUGCUGCUAUGGCAAGAUCUAAAGAAAGUGCUCCAAAAGAUUCUGGCCAUUUCAAACUGACAAAAGGGAUGGAAAGCCAUCUGAAUGGUCAGACAAAAUCUUCAACCAAAUCAAUAAUCUGCAAAAGCAAUAGAACACCCUUUCAGGGUUCCAUAGGCAUUAUUCAUUCAUCUCCCAAAAGCAUAGGUUACAAAGCCACACUGGAAAAAAAUCAUUUGAAAACACCUGCAAAUAGUAGUUUACUUUUGCACCUCCUUAAGAAUCACAGUGCUACUAAACAGACUAAGGGGUAUGAGCAAAAUGAGAGAUCCAGUAUUUUUGAGGAGAGCAGUACACCAACCACUGUUGAUGAGUACUCAGAUAACAAUCCUAGUUUUACAGAAGAUGACAGUAGUGAUGAUGAAAGUUCCCAUUCUAAUUGUCUUCCUAUAGACUUAUCUUUUAAACAGAAAACAAACAAACUGGAUUCUGGGCAGUCACCAUCUCUAGAUAAUUUAACCCAGUCCUUGCUUCACAACUGGGAUUCAAAAGUUCCUUGUUUAGAGAAUAUAGAAGAGAAAGACUCCACUAAACGUUCUACACUGAAUCCACAUCAGAAAGUAACAUUGCUUCAGUUAUUGCUUGGCCAUAAAAGCGAAGACAAUGCAGAGAAAAAUGCAGAAACUGAGGGCAUAUUAGUUACAGCUGACAUAUCAAAAUUUAAUUUACCAUUGGGUAACAAAACUUCUGGGACUGAUAGCACUGGUAUAAAUCGAAUUACUCCAAUAAACACUCCCCCUUUACUAACUUCUACAACCUCAGAUUCUCCCAUCAAUCUUUCCCAUCAUUCUCCUUUAUUAGUCAAACGUACCUCACCACCCUACACUUGCAUUGUACAGCCAGAGAGACUAAUUAAUCCAGCUUCUAAACAGUUGAUGGAUCUUACAGUACACAAAGAACUUCAAGGAACUAAACCAAACAGAAAUGAAACUGGGCAAACAUCUUCCUCUUUUAGUGCAAGCAAACUACUGCAGAAUUUAGCUCAGUGUGGGAUGCAGUCUUCCAUGUCAAUGGAUGAGCAAAGGCAAACAGGCAAACAGAUCAUUACUGUAAACACAGAGAAACCACUAGGAUUGAUAGAUGGGUUGAAUAGCUCUCUGCUUACAAACAAAUCAGGUACACUUGAAGAAAACAAAAUACUCAAUAAGCAGCCUCUGCCUUCUGAGCAAAGAUUUCCUACUUCAGAAAUCCAGAAUUUGCUUGAAAGGCGCACAGUCCUCCAGCUACUUCUGGGAACUUCCAACAAAGGUAUGAAUGACAUAAAAGAGAGGAUGCUUUCUAAAGAAGACAGUUUACCAGACCGGGCAGAAAAGGCUUUGAAUGAACAAAUAUUGACUGUGAAAAUAAAAACUGAGCCUUCUGAGGAAUCAAAUGUCCUUCCAAAUACUAAUACACAGCAAAUAAGGGAAAGUUUAAGUAGGAAAUUUCAUGGAAUUGCUCAUCCAUUAGAAAGAAACACAGCUAAUUCUCCAGUAUCAGAAGAAUUUAAGCCAGAGCCUCUCUCUCCUCAAGACUUUUCUUUUGCAAAGAAUGGCCUACUAAGUCAGUUACUGAGACAGAGUCAAGAUGGUUGUUCUGCAGAUGAUAUAGACAGGAACCAUAGAAACAGUGAACAGACAUUUGUGGAAUUAAAGACUCACAGUACAGUACCUAAGAAGAGAAAACUUCAUUCUGAACCUUCAGAAGAUCCUUUAAAAAUACUAAAAAGUAACAAAGGAAACAUGUCAUCUGAUUCUGCAGCCAAUUACAAGUCUUCUCCAGAAGCCUUGUAUGGGCCUGGGCUUAAUCAGAAAGAACUGAAAUUCAACAGAACUGAUGUUGAAUUAAAGUAUUCUUCAGGUCAUGGUUCAAACAGUGAAAUUGAAAAUAAGAGUUGGUCUAGAGAAAACAAAGGGUUUAAUGUUUUGAAACAAUUGCUUCUCUCAGAAAAUUGUGAAAAAGAGUUAUCUCAGCAUAGGAAUAAGUCAUCAGUCACUGAUGGGAAAAAGAAAGGAAGCAAAAAUAAUCUAACAAAUAAUACCUCUUCAGUGCAUACACUAAUGGGAAAUCCUGGCCAACAGACCAAUUGUUUGGAUCACCGAACAUUUCAAUAUUCAGUUGCAAUGCCGAGUCCUGUCAACUCACCCUUCACUGAACAUUCAGGAGGUAUAGUGUCAUCAAAACCUGAUUGUGACCAGUUUAGUGUAUGCCAUGUACCUAGUGAAAAGGGGCCUAUCAAAUGGGUCAUCACAGAUACAGACAAAAAUGAACAUGAAAGAGACUCCCCAAGACUGACAAAAACCAACCCAAUACUAUAUUACAUGUUACAAAAAGGAGGUAGUUCUAAUAUUCAGGAAGCACAUGGCAAAGAUAUUUGGAGUGAGCCAUCUUUUACAGAAAAUUCAACAGCUGUCACAUUCAAGAAAGAAUUAUCACCAAUCACAGAAUGUAAAAUACCUUUUCAUAAUGUGAGAAACCCUUAUAAUAGCCAUCUAGGUAAUAAGGUUUCCCUUCAACCUAAUGUGAACGGAGAAGUAUAUGGACUCUUAGAAAAAGUGUUAACAAUUAAGAAAGAACAAGAAUAAAUGAUAUAAAGUGUUUACAGUCAGGUUUAAAUAUUUGCUUUAAAAAUUAGGUGUUGUAAAAAUCUAGCAUGAUUUGAGAAAAGCAUGGUAUAACUGAAACAUGGUUUUGUUUGAUAAAUGUUUCUGCUGAUACUUAAAGUACAUGUAGUUAAUUUGUUCUUUGCUUUACAGGAAAUGUUUGCAAGAGAUUUACUUGACUUGUUAGUUGUAAAAACCUGCGAUUGGAGACUUGGUCUCCUUUUGCAUAUACUUUCCAUAGCUCUUUUACACUGGUAUGACUCAGCGAAAAGAUUUUGAACAGUGUGCUUCAGCUUCCUGUUUCCAGACUGUGGAAGUGGUGUAAUGGUCAGAGUGUCAGACUGGGAACUGGGAGAUACAGUUUCAGCUCCAGACUUUCUCAUGGAAGCUUGUUGGGUGACUUUGGGCCAGUCACACACUCUCAGACUAAUCUACCUCUCAGGGUUGUUGUGAGGAAAAACUGAGAAGGGGAGGAGGUUAUAAGCCACUUUGAGUUCCCAUUUAGGAGAAAAGCAGGGUAUAAAUGAAGUAAAUAAAUGGGAGGUCAUGUGUCUCUCAAGUAAUCAAAGCAUUACUCGCAUAGUUUGUAAGCAUGGCAGGAAGCUAAAACAUGCAUGGAAUUGUUUACACAUACUUAAACCAGUGUACAAGCAACCACAGAUGCAGCAGCAGAAAGUACACUGGGAAAGGUAUGUAUAAGGAGGCCAUUUGGAACUAUUGGUAAUAUACAUGCAAUGUGAUGUAACAUGCAGCCUACACUGGUGACAGAGUAUGUUGCACCACCUCAACUGCUAUACAUUUACCCUUUUGAAAUUCUCAGCACUGGUACAAUAUGAUUUUGUGUGUUUUAAUACAUUAUGAAAUGUUUUGAGUUUUUUUGAUAAAUUGAACACUCAGACCAAGGCAUUAGGUCACAUGUUUGUAAUCCUAAUCAGUGUUUGCUAAAGAAAUGCACAGAAUGAAUCUUUUAGUGCUUCCAAAUUGCUUUUAACUGUUUUUUAAUAUCUGGGAGAACCACAAAAAAUACAGUACAUAUUUUCAGUUGUAGCAUUUAGAAAAUGCCUUCCCUAGACACUCAGCUUGUAAUCAUACAAAAUUUGAAUUAUGGCUUUUACAUUUUUUAUAAAAACAGAAUGUUUUAGCUAUGCUGGAAGUAACAGUCUCUUAUUCACUUUCUCUUUUUUGUUACUAAUAUAAGUUUCAGUAGUCAGCACAUGGGAAAAAGAUUAAGACAGCUGGGAUUUUACAAAAUUGGUGUUGAUUUUCGUUUAUGAAAGAAAAAAGUAAUGUAUAAAUACAUCACUGUGGUCUCUUUUCCCUUCAGUCAUGCUUUUGUAUAAUAUAAGCACCACAAAAUAUGGACCAUUUUAUGUUGCCAGCAAUGUUUUGUUUGUACAAAGGUGGUAUAUGGAUUAAUAUCAAUUUGUCUGGAAAAAAAUUAUUUAAAAAUGCUAUCCUUUCAAAAUUAAUAUCCUAGUAUUAAAAACAUUUUUUGUAAAUUGGAAGAGUUGAAUGACAGCUUUGUUGAAUUGUAAUACAUAGAUAAAAAUCAAAAACUACUUAAGUUUUCAUAAUAGACUAAGUAUGAUCCCUUCCAUGAUCAAACAUAUGCGUACAAGUCCACACACUUAUAACAUGUACACACUAUACUGUACACAGCAUAACAUGCACACACUUAAUAGCACACUCUAAAUUUGAGUUCAGGAUUGGAGUUACUAAUGAAGUCAAAACAGCAAACAAUUCCCAGUAUGAGGGUUAGCAUUUACUUCAUUGAUCACUUGUUUACAAUUGAUAUAUGAAUACCCUCCCAAUGAAUAGCCCAGAAAUAAGGGACGGUUGGGUAAAAUAGUCUUUUUCUCAACCAACAAAAGCUGUCCUCAGAAGAGAGAGGAGGGAGUUAUUUUUAGCAGAUUCCCCUCGUUAUUGCAGUGGUCUGCACUAUGGCGUUUAUAAUCGUUUCCCAGUCCUCAUGACUUGGGGGGGGGGGGACAAAGCACAGGCUAUUAGGACAUGAUGGAGAAAGAUGUACAUAUGUAUUUCAUCUGCUUUUUUUGCUGGAUCCAGUCCCAAUAGUUUGGAUCCAAGGACUCCUUCCACUAAGGGAUCCAACAUAGUAGUAAUAUUUUACAUCAUUGUUUAAUGUUGAAUUCUUAUUUGCCUCCUAUAAGUAUUAGAGGAAAGGGAUUUUUGUUCCAUCUUCAAUACCUGUCUGCAAACAAUUGCAUUCAUUUUUCUUGAAAUAAUUAUGAAGUAGUUGUGAACAAUCAGCUAUAUACAUUAAAAGCCAAUGGAAAUACCGUACUCAAUAUGGCCUGAUUUUUUAAAUAUGUAGAAUCCAAUGCAAAUUGGCAUGAAAAACUUGGCUGAAACAUUGGUUUUUUCAUCAUUCCUUUUAUCUAUGGAAUGUUCAGGGUACUUAUGCAUGUACUUACUUCCAUAACAAACAUUUGCACCCUUAUACUAUAUUGGUAUAAUCAUGUACUCUGCAUUUCUGCACUUUUGAUCCAAGAUAAUGUUCCAGUGGUUCAUGCCUUUGUAAAGUUUUUGAUUAUACAGGCUAUAACUGUAUAAUUUUGAAUAUACAUUUAUAACAGCUAGCUUUCUCUUUGGGCACUAUUCUUACAAAUAUGUGAGAACCCAUAGACAUCAUUAAAUUAUUUGUUUUUAAGCAUAGAAAGUAUUGCAAAUUUCUGUAUUACAAACCAUCUCAGCAUUUGUUUAUUACAUUCUAAACAUUUAUGUCCUUGUACAUCAUAUCAGAAAUAAAUAACAAAUGAGAUUUGAAGGAAUAGGUUUCUGAUGUGUAAUCAGUUGGUGAGGCACUUGACUGGAAAAAGACAGUUAAAUGAAAUUAGGUGAGGCAAAGCCAUCCUUUGCUUGUAACCAUGUUCAGUACUUCAGAAUACAAAUCACACAUCUACAUCAAGGAAAAUAAUCAAGAUAAAGCAUGAUGCAGGCUCAAAUGACAUCACAGUGAUAUAUCUGGGUGUCUAAAUCUGAAACUUCUCCAAUUGCAUAGAAAGCAGGAGUUGGAUCCAACUUCAGUAAAAUGGCAUAUGGCAGAAGAAUGCAGAAACCAUUUACUCUCUGAAAUCCUUUCCAUAGAUUAUUUUUCUCAGCUGGUUCACUUCCAAUAGCUAAACUUAGGCAGGAGAAAAAGGAGCUUAUGCAAUGAACUGCUCGGAAGUAAACCAUGGAGGGAGAUGGGGUGUGUGCGUUCAAAUUAGACGUCCAGUUCUUUUCUACAUAAAUGGGGCAAAUCCAGAGUCAAACAGAUUAACCUGCUGCCAUCACAGAGACGGAACUAUAAUGGAAAAUACAGCUGAAAGAAUUAAAGGAAUUGGAAAUUGACAGGGCAACAAAAAUAAGGAACUGGGAGUGGUGCAUAACAUUUCUCUCUUGUUUACCAUUCUAUAAAAGCAGAGACAAAUACUUCAGGAAAAAAAUUAACACUACUUGGAUGACAAAGUAGGAGCAAUUCAUCUUUGGAAGAUAGAACACAAAAGCUUGAAAGGGAAAUCAGCCAUGUGUUUACUUCUUAAGCUAUAUAUUUUUAAAAAUAGAUUAUAAAGUGUUUAGCAUUUUUUCAAAAUAAAUGAUUUAAUUUCCCCCCAACAAAACGUGUUAAAAUGUGAUAAAACUGUCAUUGAUGACAGCAAAUUAUUACCAGUUUAUUCUCUGCUGCAUAUUAGUUGAAUAAAUUGGUAAGUUAUAUAUUUUAUAUAUACACACACACAGACAUAUAUAUAUAUAUAUAUGUAAAUAUAUAGACUUGUUACACAUACAUGUUGAAAUUGGUUUUUAAAAAGUGAUGUAAAUAGUCGUUUCUUUAACAAAAAACAUAUUUUCUAUUCUAUCUAAUGGAAGGAAAACAUUUUAAUCUUUUGUUAUGUAUAUUUCAUGUAUUAAGUGUAAAUAUGAUCAUAUAGGUUUAAAAACUUUUUGCAUGUAUGUAUGCAGUUGCAAGUCUGAAAGAAUGUAUAGAAAAUGUUUUAUUUAAAAUUGUGAUAACUUGCUGCAUGAAAAAUGCAUGGGGGACCCUGUGCAUCUCUGCAUUGGCAAUAUGUCUUAAGUCAGACCAGAUGUUUAUCAAUACACAACCGUAUUCUGUUUCUGGACAUGACUUCUGCUGUGGUAAUUUAGCUUUGUGAAAGAAUAUGCUUCAAAUGAAAAGGGUCUGGUGGGAAAAAAACUCAAACGCCUAUUUUUCCCCCUUUCUAAAUGGAAAGAGCACCUCCUUUACCCCAGCUGUAACUGUUAUUAACUUUUUGAUUCCAUUUCAAAUGAAGUUCUAUUCCAGUAUUGUCAUUCAGUAGAAUAUUGGUUUUCAUUGCCAUAAUAAGAAUUCUGGAGUUUAUGCGACCUUUUUGUUGUGGAGUUUUCAGUAAUUUAACUGUUCUCAUUUUUCUUAGAAAAAAAUUAUUUGUGUGAUGUCACAAAACUGUACAUACUGCAGUGUGAAGGUUUUUUUAAUUCUUUCAGUGUUUACUUCCUGCAGAAAAUUUGAAUAAAUGAUAAAAAUGCA